GAUUGAGACCACUGGACUAGUGCUAGUUCGUUUACGUGGAUCUUGGCGCCACAGAGAGACGGUUGGAUAUUAUUGUCUGUGAUGAUAACAUUUAUGAAAGCCAGUAAUUGGGUUAAAGUGGUUAUACCAUACUACUGUAGGCUAAUCUUAGUGGCAAUUACAAUUGGAAGCAACGAAAGAGAUGGAGAGAUUAAUUGCCCAUGUUGCUGUGCUGCAGCUGUGGACGCGAGUAGAGUGGAGCGGGCCUUCGCGCAGGCGCCUUUAAUUGUUUUGACUGAAAAUGCCGUCGGUUUCGAAAACGGCGGUGAGCGCUUCUCCUCAAACAGAGAAACCUACCCAUUACACCUAUUUAAAGGAGUUUAGGACCGAACAGUGCCCGCUGUUCUUGCAGCACAAGUGCACCCAACACAGACCCUUUACGUGUUUUCACUGGCAUUUCCUAAACCAGCGGAGAAGACGACCCAUCAGAAGAAGAGAUGGGACUUUUAACUACAGCCCAGAUGUUUAUUGUACUAAAUACGACGAAACUACUGGCAUUUGUCCAGAUGGAGACGAUUGCCCGUACCUGCACAGGACAACUGGUGACACAGAGAGAAAGUACCAUCUGCGCUACUACAAGACUGGCACCUGCAUCCAUGAGACAGAUGCCAGAGGGCACUGUGUGAAGAACGGGCUCCACUGUGCCUUUGCUCACGGUCCACAUGACUUGCGACCCCCGGUGUAUGACAUCAGAGAGAUCCAGGCUCAGGAGGCUCUUCAGAAUGGACAGCUGGGCACAGGGGAGGGGAUCCCUGACCUGCAGCCGGGAGUGCUGGCCAGUCAGGCCAUGAUUGAGAAGACUGUCACUGAGGACCCCCGCUGGCAAGAUACCAACUUUGUUCUGGCAAACUACAAAACGGAGCAGUGCACCAAACCUCCACGUCUAUGCAGACAGGGCUACGCCUGCCCACACUACCAUAACAGUAGAGACCGGAGAAGGAAUCCACGCAAGUUCAAGUACAGGUCGACACCGUGCCCAAAUGUGAAGCACGGGGACGAGUGGGGAGAGCCCUCAAAGUGUGAGAGUGGAGACAGCUGCCAGUAUUGCCACUCCCGAACCGAACAGCAGUUCCAUCCAGAGAUUUACAAGUCCACAAAAUGCAACGACAUGAGGCAAACUGGCUAUUGUCCCAGGGGGCCUUUCUGUGCAUUUGCACAUGUAGAGCGAAUUCCUUCCACCGAAGAGACCAUGAAUUCUCUGCUCACUGUGAUGCAUUCGGGCUCCCAGUCAAAGCUGUGCCCCCAACAGUACUCCGAGUGUCCGGUCAGCGAGUGGGGAGGCCAUGCAAACGCUAUCACCAGCAUGGCAGGCAACAAUGGCCAACCAGGCAGUGUUUCAUGCUGUAAUAGUCUGACUGUAACGUCAUGUUCAGGAAGCAACAGUUCAAUGUCCCCAAUUGGACCCAUUGGCAGGCCAAAAAGCUUUACUAAUGGUAGCUUAUGUUCAGAGUCCACCACCUCCAGUGUUUCCUCUCCAACAUCUAACUAUCCCAAAGCUCCGGGCUUUGAGCGUGAGGAUCAGGCAAAAUCUCUAAAGGGUUAUCCGGAUAAUCAAAAGGUUUUGGACCAAGACAAACAGAACCUUAUCAGUGUGUUCUCGGCGGUGAACCCGCUGGCUUGCAGUAUAACCUCCAGCAUAACAUCCAGCCUGGCCUCCAGCAUCGGCUCAGACAGCUCCUCCCCAACCACUCUGUCAACCAUGAAUGCAAAAGCAACACCCUUUUAUCCCGGUAGCAAUACAGUUGAAUCCGUCAUAGGCUCUGCACUUGACCUGAGUUUUUGUGAUGUCAAUGUAGCUUCUCUUGAUAAAGAAUUUGAAGAACAGGAAAACGGCGACAUCGAUUUAUCAAGUCAGAGGCUGUUGGGCAGUUCAGCCCCGGUCAACAUCCCCGGCUCUCUGGCGCGCUCGUCCUCGCUGCACUCCUCCUCCUCCCUGUCAGCCUCUCCUCUCAGCUCCCUGUCCCAGUCUUUCUCCCAGUCCCUCCUGUCCGGCAUGGUGCCCCAGCAAACCCAGCCCCAGGCACCUCCCGCCAAGACGGAGCACAGCCUCCUGGGAACCUCCGUGUCCUCCCAGAAUGCUCUAGCAGGUCUGAAUGGAGGAGCUGGUGGCAGCAUCUGGGAUUUUGUGAGCGGGAGUUUCUCUCCCAGCCCGUCGCCGGUGUUCAGCAGCGUCACCACGGUGAGCCCCAGCAGCGCUGACCUGCCCCGGCUGCGCAGGGAGCUGGACGAGGCCAAGAGGAAGAUCAAACAGUGGGAGGACGCCUGGCAGCAGGUGAAGCAGGCGUGCGACGCCUGGCAGAAAGACGCCCAGGAGGCGAAGGAGCAGGCCAAGUCGGCCGAGGCGGAGCGACAGCUGGCGGCGCAGAAGCACGAGGAUGCGGAGCGGCAGCUGAAGAGGCUCCAGGAGAACCUGGACAUGGUGUGCCGUUCCCCCGGCACGCCGCUGCUGCGCAGCUACGGGGAGCUGGACCACCUGCCCCUGCCAAAGCUGCUCUCCAUCCAGUCCCAGCUGCGCGCUGACCUAGAGCUCAUAGACACGGUAAUAUAUCAGCUUCAGUCAAAGAAAUGUAUAGUUUGCCAAAAGCAUGAUCGUUCCAUUGUCCUGCAGCCUUGUCAACAUUAUGUACUUUGUGAGAACUGUGUACCUGGCAAAAUGGAAUGUCCUUACUGCAAGACAAAAAUACUGAAAUGGUGAUUUAGAACUAUUCAAGGUACUACUUCUGGAUUUUGAACUAUAAUGUAUUAUGCUAACCGUUUAGACAUUGCUUUAUUUUCAGUAUUUCAUGUAGUGAUUUAAUUGAUAGUUUUAUUCUAAACCAGUUAAUGGUGAUUCACUGAUACAUAGAUUGAUAUCUGGUAAUUUGACAAAAAGACUGCUUCUUGAAUAAUGGAUUUAAAUGUUUAAAUGCCAUUCAUUUCAGUGUAUGUCUUAUGGUAGUUCUCCACUCUAAAUAAUGGUACAAUUAAAUGCAUCAGUCAAACACCAUUAUUGCUACUAGUCUCUUGAAGAUUAAUUUCUUUAAAAAGCACUUUGUCUACCUGGAAUCUGUUAAAUGUUACUUUAGAAAAUUGCUUUAAGCUGCUUGUAGUUUUUUUAAAUCUUUUUCUAAAAUAUGCUAUUGUGUGAAGCUUUUGUGUACUGUGAAAUAGAAUGUUUCAUAUUCAAUUUAUAAUUGAAAUCACAGUAUAGUUAUUAUAUUGUAAUACAAACAAAUCAUAUACAUUAAUAGCUAUGGCUUAACUUGCUUAGGAGUUUUUUUUUUUUGGACAUUUUCAAAUCAAAAAACAUAGUCAUUACAAGUAUAACCAGCUAUUGUACUUAUCACAAAGGCACAUACGCUAAAGCAUUUGGGAAAUCAGUUGCCAUUUUCUGUAUUUUAUUUUCUUCCCAUAUGUUAUGUUGGAGGAUGCAGAUCUUUCUGUCAAUUUCACAAAACUGUUGAGGUACUCUGUGUUUAGGCCCAUAGCCUCUUGCAAGUAUUGGUUAAAAUAUGUGACGUUCAUCCAUUCACUCCCAAGUGCCUUGCCUUAGAAAAUCUUAAUCAUUUAUUCGAAAUGAAGACUGUAUUUUAGAAACAGCAAAUGGUGCGGGUGGCCAAAGGGCUACACAAAGUUCUGGAAAAUAUUCCUCCAUUGUUAGCAGGAAUCUGCAUUGCAUUGGCCUCUGAUUGAAGUUCACAAUGGAAUAGACCGUAAUGGUAAGAGAUCAUAGGUUUUAUAAAUGCUGUUGCCCUGAUGUCAGACUUCAGAUUACUGUCCUCCUCUCACAAAGUGGGCAGUGGUGCUUCUGGGUGAAUUCUGAUGCCAUUACAGUAUCCUUACAAAGUGUUUAGAAGCUAAUUGCGGGGUAGGAGUAUGCAAUCAAGACGGAAAUCAUUAAUGUAAAUAUUUUAAAAGGAAAAAACUGGCACACUUUUUGUAAUGGAGUAAAAAUGAUUUGGUUCUGUAAUGUCUUCACAGAAGUGCGGUAUUAAAUCUGUAAAUCGUGUUAUGUAUGACGUGUUUAGGUUAAACAAAUUGAAAUGACCUACUACUGUGUUCACAAUGUAUUUGUGUUCAUGUCCUUUGUGCUCUUAGUCCUUUAAUAUUUACAGCAAUGGGUGUUCAGGAGAAAGAAACUUUGAGCGCGACUUUGCAGAAAACCUUUGCCAUAACGUGCAAUUAAGGUGGAAAUCAGGGAUAAAAUAGAUAUUGGCCAGAGUAACAGGAUGUGAUACUGUUGCCUAAUUAGGUGACACAGGAAUUUAAAUAUGUUAAAGGUUUUGAAAGGUGGUUACUAGAAUAUAUACCCCUAACCCCUCCGACUUACAGUAAAAACCAGUCCUUGUUUUCAAGUUUUCAAGUGUGUGUCCAGAAAUGUACAGUUUGCAUUGGCAGAUGUCCCUUUCUUUAUAUGACAUGAUAUGAAUACAUUUGAUGGUCUCUCUAGAGGUCAUUUGUAUGCGUGUAAUUAAUAGAUUUUUGGAAUGUGUUUUUGUUGACUUAUUUUGAUCUGAUCAUUCAAUUUUGUGCAGUAUGACAAAUUUGUCAACCUAAAGAAUAAAAGGUUAGCCAUGUCAACUAGUUUAUUUUCCCCAAAAAUAAGCUUUAUUAAUAAGAUGCCUUAAUAGGUUUUUUGUUGGAAGUCAUUAAAUGUGUCUCUUAUAUUAGGAAAAUUUGCCAGAAUAUGUGCAACUCAGUCAUGAUGUCAUCUCAGUCAGAUGAUGGGACACGAUGCAGAUUUGGCCCUUGUUAAAUAUCUUUCAAGAAUUCUUCACUUAUUUAGAAAAAACAAUGUUGGAGGGGAUAAAGAAAUGUGUGUGCAGGGGUUUGUUGGUGAAUGUCGUUGUAUGUUUAAAUAAAUCAGUGCUGUAGCCAGUGUUAUAUUCAGGCUAUAUUAGAAAGGUUACAAAUUUUAUAGCUAAGGCAUAGUUAUUCCCUAUAAUGUAUGGUUUGACAUUUUGAAUGAAGGGGGGUGAGGUGACCGCUGACAAUAUUAAUGGACUGCUUGCCCAUGUUUUGUAGUUUUGCCAAAGAAUUUACUGUUUUACAAUAUUCUGUGAUAUUUUGCUUUUUUAUUAUUACUGCAUUGUUAUUUCUAACGUUCUACACGAUAAAUGGCUUAUAGACCAGAUUUUCAGAAAUGACCAAAUCUAAUGCUUUGUUUAAAUUGUGUAUUUAUGGGGACUAUUACAACCACAAAAACAUUUUAUGGUUAAAGAGAAUUGUGGUUUAACAUUGAACUUGCACAAACUUAAAACAUGAUUUUUGAACAGCAGUAGUCUAUAUUGAAGGAAAGUGGGGAAAUUAAUGAAAUAUUUUACAGUGGCCAUAUGCAUGAAUUAUUUUUUAUGUUUUUUCUUUUUUUGCUGAAUUGUAAAUUACUGGUCAGCCACUAACUCAGUGUUGCAAACUGUGCACUGCAAUGCUGUGAAGUAUAUUAGACUGUAAGGUGCUCUCUGGUUUUAAUCUGACUGGAUUAUCAUUACUAAAUUGUUACUCCCUUGAGAAGUAGUGUGCACAUUGACCUGUGCAUUUACUUGAUUGGCAUAUAACAUCUGUGGCAGAUACAGACAGGUGGAGUUUCUGUGUACAUUGUGGCAGCUGUAGUUCUCUCCUUGGCUUUAUCCUGCACCACCUCACAAUGGUGCACUCUUCGGGAAUGUAGGCUUUACGGAAGGGCCCCUCCAAAAGCGCAAGCGCGCACACACAUGCACGCACACGCACACACACACACACACCUUAUAAUACAUGUCCCUAAGUGUUAUUUGUGCCUCUUUUUUUAUGGAUUUCUUUGGUCUUUAUAAUGCUACAUUGAAGGUUUCCCCCCCGUUUAUGCCUUCUACAGUGCUAUUACAACUGCCCGUUUGCCAGCAGUGCCACUUUCUUUCUAAACUGGCACAUAUGUGUUCUUAGAAUGCUUCAUCAGUAAUAUCUCAAUCUCUACAGAACAACUGUGCUAGUUGCACACAAAAUGCCUAGUUUUUAAAGCGAUAUUCCUUGAACUAGAGAUCGAGAUGUUCAUCUUUGGUUACAAAAAUUUGCAACAUUUACUGGGAUGCAAGGAACAACAGUGGCUGCUCUUCGGUAAACUGCAUGCACAAGCAAUAUAGUCUACCAGUUGUUUUCAACUGAGAACUUACUGAAAGUAUGGGGCUAGUUGAUCAGUCAAUUUUUCCAUAAUUUUAACUGUUACCAAAAGAAACUACACUAAUUUGGUGUUCAAAUUGCACCACUACAUUACUGUUAUGUUGAAUUAGGGAUUCGGUUUAGUUUGUAUCGAAUAUUUGCCCCCCAAAAUGCUGGCUUUUGAUGUAUCUAAGGGGAAAGGGUUGACAAAUUACUUUGAAAUGGAGUCUGAAGCUUCAAGGACCUCAAAAGCCUGACAAACCUUCUAGGUGCUUGCUGAUGAGGCAUUAAAAUCGUUCACUGUCUGUGUCUGCCAUAGGUUCACCCAUUUCCUUAUCAACAAGAGAAAUCAAUUCCUCCUUACUAAUUUUUGUGCAUUGGCCACACUGUUGAACGCACUCAACAUGCAAACAGGCAACUGGCACUGAAGAAAAGCACAGAGUAAAGCUUGUAAAUUGUUGUAUGCAGGUGACAUUUCAUUAUUUGGGUGUGGAUAAUCUUGUUUCAUCCACAAAAAUAUUUUCUUUUUGUAUUAAUAUUGUAAUUAUUGGAUCUGAAUAUAUUUAUGCAAUCUCUUAUGGAUGUUAUAUAUAAAGCUCUGUUUGCAUUUAUUCAAAUGUCCAGGCAUUAAUUAAUUGAUUGGCAGCAUUACCUAUCAAAGCAGAUGUUUUUCAGGAAAACCUUAAAUCGGGUCUACUUUCUGCUGUCCUAGAGGUUCCCAGUAUAUGCAGGCUUUCUUUAUAACCAGACGCUUACCUUCAAUUAAGCUUAAUUGGCUUUUAAAACCACAAUCUUCUCCCCAGUUGUGAGUGUUGGAUUAAAAAUAACUGAAAAACCUGCAAGAUUGUUGUGCUCUAAGACCAGAGUGAUUAUCCCUACUUUAAAUAAGGUCCAAAUUUCUGGAACCACUGUUCUGUAUUCCUCCAUAUUCAGGGGUUGCUUUAGUUGUUUAAUGUGGAAACCCAAGAUAUUGAAUGUACCAUCCAAAAUUGGAUAUUGGCCACUGGAAUAAGUUCAAGAACAUUUUGAGUUUCUUAUGUAGCAUUUAGUUUUAUGAGCUGGCUAUACUGUUCAAAUUCUUUAAAGGUUAAUGUAUAAGAAUUUAACAAAAUGCCAUUUUCGAGUUUGUGUAUUUAUUAACCUAUUGAUAGUGGGGGACAAAAAGGAAAAAGUUUAUUUUCUCAGGGUUUUACAGUUAACUAGAAUUAGUCGUUUAGUUCUUACAUACUUAGUUGCAUUUCAUAGAUUUAUUUGCUUAGUAUUUUAAUUGGGCUAGACCUUUAUUAAGAAACAACAUAUCGCUUAUUUUGGUAUGUAUUAUUAAAUAGAAUAGCUUAUUCUAAUUAGUGUCUAAAUAUUAUUAGGAAUAUUACUGUUAGUAUAUUAAUUUGUGUAUGUGAUGUCAACAUAUGACCUUAAUUACAUAUUAUGGGAAUUUUCCUGUGUUUAAUUUAUCAAAGCCUUUACAUGGAAUAGCUGAGUGUCUAGAAAAAAAUUGAACACCUGAAUGGCUUUUUCUCUGUAGAAAUAAAUUAGAUUGUAUUAUUUAUAAUGCAUAAUCAUUUACUUGUAGUGUAUUGUUAAAUUGUUAACACUUGUUCAAAUUUUUUACACUAUAGCAUUUAUGCAAUGGUUUACAGAAUUCAUUGAAUUAUUUUUAUCAUUAUGGGAAUUAAAAUAAUUUUGGAUCUUAAA